UCCCGCCCUACACCCCGCCCCGCUCCGUGUUUGGCCAGCCGCGCCUGGCCGGAGGACGGCGAGUUGGUGGUGCCUGGUGGAUGGGACAAGCGCGGCAUCUGGACGUCCAGACACAAAGAGCCGUCGGCGGACCCGGGGUAGGAACCGUGGGCCAUCUUAGCGCCCUUGGCCCACGUCCCUGUGCUCCGCGCGCGGGCGGAGACGGGAGACUCCCGCUGUUCAGAACGAAGAAAUUCUGGUUCUUAUGAAGGAAGACUGGCUCUCGUAACAUGUUUCUGGCCUCUCUUGCAAAGGUGGAGCUGGUUCCUCCUAAUUCCACUUAAACCUGAGAGGACCCUGGAUGCCGUGGGCCCACACAAUCAGCUCCUACCCUGCACCUGGGACAUACCACCUGGGAUCCUAACAGUGGAGGUGUGACAGUAACAGUGUACCAUUGUUGUAGUUUCUGUCCCCUGGCAUGUCCAGCCUGUUAUGGGAUGGAUGAAGAAGAGGAGAACCAUUAUGUUUCUCAGCUCAGAGAAGCCUACAGCAGCUGUGACACCACCGGGACAGGCUUCCUGGACCGAGAGGAACUGACCCAACUUUGCCUUAAGCUUCAUCUGGAAAAGCAGCUACCUGUCAUUUUGCAAACACUUCUUGGAAAUGACCACUUUUCCAGGGUUAACUUUGAGGAAUUUAAGGAAGGUUUUGUGGCAGUGUUGUCAUCAAAUGCUGGUGUUGGUCCCUCGGAUGAAAACAGUACUUUGGAAUCAGCUGCCUCCCGUGCUGUCCCACCCAAGUAUGUGAGUGGCUCUAAAUGGUACGGUCGUAGGAGCCGGCCCGAGCUGUGCGACUCUGUGACUGGAGCCAAAUGUUUAGCAGAACAGCAAGCCAAGGCCACUGUGAGACACCAACUCCGACGCUCUAUAUCUCUGGAAAGUGUGGAGAGUCUCAAGUCAGAUGAAGAAGCUGAAAGUGCUAAAGAAUCUCAGAAUGAGUUGUUUGAAACACAAGGCCAGCUACCAACCUGGGGUUCUGAGAUCUUUGGUAGCCCCCAGAAGUCCUGCAGCCCCUUGUUUGACACCCCUGAGAGCCAGGUCCAGGGUAUCUGGGAAGAGCUGGGCGUUGGCAGCAGUGGUCACCUCAACGAGCAGGAGCUGGCUCUGGUCUGCCAGAGCAUCGGACUCCAGGGACUCAAGAAAGAGGAAUUGGAAGACCUAUUUAACAAACUGGAUCAAGACCAAGAUGGCAGAGUGAGCCUUGAGGAAUUCCAGCUUGGCCUGUUUAAUCACGGGCCCACUUCACUUCUGGAAUCUUCCUCUCCUGUCAAACAGAGCAGGUCCUGGUCUCAUUACCAGGUCCUGGAAGAGGGUGACUGCCAUUCCACCACGACGUCCUCCCUUGUGUCCAUGUGCUCAGGCCUGCGCCUCUUCUGCAGCGUUGACAACGGCACUGGCUUUGCCUUUCCCGAGCAACUCAUUGCCCUGUGGACCCAAGAGGGGAUACAGAACGGCAAGGAGGUCUUACAGGUGUGGAACCGGUUACUCCCAGCUGCCCUGGUGGGAAGCCUGGAGCCACAGAGCACAGAACUGGCCCAAGAGGAGCGUUUUGAGGAAGUCCUGAAGGAGUAUGAGCUCAAGUGCAGGCAAGAUUCCAAAGAGAAAGAUUUGAACUUGAUACUCAUCCUGCUGAUGCUGGAGCUCAAGGCAGAGGUAGAAACCCUCCAGUCUGUGGGAUGUGAUUCCAAGAACAGCCAGAGGGCUCCCAAGCGCUGUCUCCUCUCUGCAUACGGCAGGGGGCAAGUGGAACAGAUGGUAAGGGAGCGAGACAAGGCAAGGAAGGAUCUAGAGAAAGCUGAGAAGAGGAACCUCGAGUUUGUGAAAGAGAUGGACGACUGCCACUCCGCCCUGGAGCAGCUCACGGAGAAGAAGAUCAAGCAUGAGCUGUUCUGGGAACAGGCCCUCAGGCAGCGGGCCUCACUGGAGAAGGACCUGGAGCACCUGCAGGCUGAAGAGGCCAGCCUCCGAGAGAAGCUGACCCUGGCCCUGAAGGAAAACAGUCGAUUACAGAAGGAGAUUAUUGAAGUUGUGGAAAAGCUUUCGGAAUCAGAGAAGCUGGUCCUGAAACUGCAGAAUGAUCUGCAGUUUGUGUUGAAAGACAAGUCACUGUCCCUCUGCUGGAGCCCAGGGAGAGUGCCUGUGCGCGAACAUGGCCAAGCAGGCAUCAUCUCCUCUGUGGGUGAUACCACGCCAGUGAGUAUAGAAACGGAGAUAAUGAUGGAGCAAGUGAAGGAACAUUAUCAAGAUCUCAAGAUCCAGCUGGAGACCAAGGUAAAUUUCUAUGAAAGGGAAAUUGAGGUGCUAAAAAAAGACUUUGCAAAGGAGAGAAAUGAAAUGGAGCAGGCUUUCAAGCUUGAGGUCAGUGUGCUGGAGGAUCAGAAAGCUGACCUGGAGACACUGCAUGUGAAAUCUCAGGAGGUCAUCCGAGGCCUGCAAGACCGGCUCCAAAGCGCAGCCCGUGGCCCUGAGCUAGAGAGGAAGUUCGAACUGGAGAAGGUGGAGAUGGAGCAGUGCUACACGCAGGCGCUGUCUGGCUUGGCCCAGCGGCUAGCCCAGGAAAAGGACCAGCUGGAGGAGGAGUUGCACCAGAGGCAUCAGCACAAGCUACAGCAGAUCAGGUCCAGUGCCACGUUCACUCAGGAUUUCAUGUCGAGGGCUGUGGGUAGUAGCCCAGGAGCCAUGGGAGUGAGAGACGAUAAAGCUGGCCAAGCAGAGAAUUCUGCAGUUAGAAUAAGAAAAGCCCAUGUGGCCUUUCUAACCGGAGGAGAGGGUCUCGGGCUUAGAGCUGCAGCCUGCGGUGCCUGUGACUCGUUCUGUUUCUGUAGGAAAGAGGCAGAAGUUGAACUGAACCAAAAACUCUCAUGGAUGGAAGCCCAGCAGGCUGCCCACUGUGAGAACUCACUGCUGCAACAUCAGCAGGAGAAGGACGAGAUGCCGCAGAAACAUCUGCUGCAAGUGAGAGAGAUGACAGAGCAGCCUGACCUGAAGAAGGAGCAAAGAGGAGAGAGGGAAAAGGAGAUCCUCACACACUGUAAACAGCAGCAGCUCAGGCUGCAGGAGGUUAUGAGUGAAGAGCAGACGCAGCUUUGCAAGUCCUUUGCCCUUGAGAAGAAGUUAGGAUUCACCUAUAGGAAGGAGGUGGGAAGCCUUGCCCAAGGGUCCCCUCCAGCUCCCAUUCAGCUUGCUGGCCCCUGGGCAUCUAGGCAGGAAUAGCUUGAGGCCCCGAGGGAGGCAGAGGCUGAAACUGCCCCGGAGAAAGAGAAGAAUGACAUGAAAACCAAACUUCUGUGGCUGGAUGAUGUCAUUUGGGCUUUUGAGAAACAGAUUCAAGAGAGAACAGGUUUUGUAAUUGAGUUGGAUAGAAUUUCUGAAGAAAACACGUUGUUUAAAAACGAGCUGGGAAGGAUUCAACAAGAGCUGGAAUCUACAGAAAGGACAAAUGAUGCACAGAGGAAGGAAAUUGAGGUUUUAAAGAGAGACAAAGAAAAGGCCUGCUCUGAAAUGGAAGAGCUCAACACACAGAGUCAGAAAUGCAAGGAUGAGUUGUCCCAACUUAACCACAAGGUCCUUCAGCUGGGAGAGGAGGCCUCUACCCAACGGGCCCAAAAUGAGAAUAACUACAUCACCAUUCAGCUGUUAACACGGAGACUGGCGGAGGCUGGAUGCCGGGAGGAGCUGCAGGGUGACCAAAUCCAAAAACUUGGACUCGAACUUGAACACAUGAAUCAAGAAUGUCAGAGCCUAAGACUGUCACAGUCACAGCUCAGAGAGACCCUUGAAAAAAGUCAAGAGCAGGAAGAACAUAAAAAACAGCUUAAAGACACAGAAGAGCGGGUAGAAGAGAUGGAAAUGAUUUUGAAGAACACGGAAAUGCUCCUACAAGAAAAAGUGGUUGAGCUGGGAGAACAGGUGAGUGAGGGGCUUCUGUCAGUGCACACUCAUAUCCUCUUUUGGAACUUCUUGUUUCCUUUUAUGGGGGUUCAAGUAUUUGUUCCAGGGAGAGACUGUCUUGUCAAAGAAUCCCAUGUUCAUUUGGAUCUGCUGAAUCUGGGGCUCCAUCUAAACUUCAUUUUGAGAAUGUGA